AUGAAUGAUAUUGUUGAAAGGUACGAAUUAAAAUUAUUGAUAAAUAUAAUAUUAAAUAAUAAUUAUAAGAAUGUAGCUAUACAAUUGCCUGACUGUAUGUUAAAAGAUUCUCUUUGUAUUAUUAAUCUUCUAAAAAAUGAAUUUCAAAAAUAUAAUAAAGAAAUAAUAGUUAAUGAAGCUAUAAAAAAUAAUAGUAACAAAGAAAAUGAUAAUAAUGGUAGUAUUAAUACAAAUGAUAAUGAAUGCUCUCCUUAUUGUUGUAAGGAAAAGAAGAAUGAGGAGGAUAUACAUACAAAUGAAAACAAAAAAAAUAAUUGGAAUAAUGAUAAAAUGGAUGACGAUAAAGGCAUUAUAAAAAAUUCUGUUAAUAUUGAUAAUGUGGACAAUAAUAAUGAUAAUAAAAUUUACAACAAUAAUUAUAAUAAUCAUGUAAACCUUUAUAUUUUGGGUGAUACCACUUUAAAUGAAUGCUGUGAAGAUUAUGUUAGUGCUGAACAUGUUGAAGCAGAUUUUUUAGUUCAUUAUGGAAUCUCAUGUCAAUCAUUUAUUACACCAUUUAUUCCUUCUAUAUACAUAUUUAAUAAAAAAAAAAUAGAAAAUAAUUUUUUUCUUAAUAUUUGUCAAUAUUUAAAAAAUGAAAAUGUUUUAAAACAAAAUAAAACAUCCAUACUUUUAUGUGAUACUUCUUAUGCACAUGUUUUGCCUGAACUGUUCAGGUGUUUUUUUCAUAAAAUAGAAAAAAAUAAAAACAUACCUACAGACAUAAAAAAUAACAAAGAGAAAGAAAUUAAUGUCUCUUUAAGUUUUUGUCGUUAUAAUAAUAAGGUAAUUUAUAAUGUAGAUGAAAAAAUGUAUGAAAGUAAAACAUUUUAUAAAAAUAUAGAGGAUAAUAUUAAUGAAUAUAAUAAAAAUAAUUUAAAAGAUGAUAAUAAUAGAAAUAAUGAUGAUUAUUAUGAUAACAAUGAAGAUGAUAUAAUAUUUACAAAUAUAAUUGUUUGUCUUUAUAGAAUAGCUAAUAAUAUAAAUGGAAAGGUGUGUUAUGGUUUCUUUAAUAAUUAUGUUGAAUUCGAUAUUAAUGAUAAGAUUGAGGAAAAAUAUUUAUUUAUGUGUGGACGGUUGGUUUUUAAAGUUUUUUAUAAUAUGAAAAAUGACAUAAUUGUUUAUAAAAUUAUUGAGAAAAAAAAAGAGGAAAUGCAAAUAAAUAAACAUUAUGGAGAAGAUGAUUUAAUUAAUAAUAACAAUAUGAAUCUGUUUAUAUUUUCUUCUGAUAGUAAAGAUUUUUUAAAUAGAUGUUUGUUAGAAUAUAAUAAUUGUAAUGAUAUAUAUAUAUAUGAUAUAAAAGAUAUAUUUAUAAAAGAUACAAGAAAAAUACUUGAUAAGGUUUUAUUAAAAAGAUAUUCAUUAAUAGAAAAAUGUAAACAAGUUAAUAAUGUUGGUAUAUUGAUAACAAAUGUUAAUUUACAAAAAAAUAUAGAAAUAAGAAUGUUAAUUAAUUAUAUUUUAAGAAAAAAUAAAAAAAAAUGUUUUACUAUUGUUACAAAUAAAUUAAAUGCUGCUAAGUUAGAAAAUUUUUAUGAUAUUGAAAUAUAUAUAUUAUUAACAUGUCCUGAAAAUAAUUUAUUAGAGUUAAAAGAUUUUUCAAAAAAAAUUAUUAAUCCAUAUGAAUUCUUUAUAGCAUAUAAUUAUAUAGAAUGGGAAGGAAAAUAUCUAUUCGAUUUUUUUCAAUUAUUAAAUAUUUCUUCUAUAAAAAAAGAAUAUCAAGCUAUACAUAAAAAUAAAUAUUUUUUAUGGAAUAUAGAUAAUGAAUUUUGCAGUUUAAAAAAUCAUGAUAAUGAUAAUAAGGAUGAAAAACAAAAUCUAGUUCAACAAAAUAAUUCAAUACUAGAAAAGUAUGAUCAUUUAAUAGAUACUAAUUUAUCUAUAUCAAUACAAGAUCAAAAAAAUUUUAUAACACGCUUUCAAGAAGAUUCUCAAAUGUGUACGUAUUUUUUCAAUUUAUUAAAAGAAAAUGAUAAAAGAGAAUACAAAGGUGUUGAUAUGAAUUAUAAUAUUGACCACGUCCCACAUAUAGUAAAAGGAUUUGAUGGAAUAGCACAAAAAUAUGAUACUGAUGUCAAGCACUUAAAGAACAAUAACACGAAUUAA